CCUAAUUAGCAAACCUGAACUACAUCAGUCAUUAUACUCCUCUGUAUAAACACCCCUCUAGCAUUUUGCUUCAAGGCUGUGUUUCAAUAGGAAGAUUACACCAGACUCUGUAUAUAUAUAAAAAAAACAUAUUUACAAGGGUGUCAUUGAGAAGCUUCCAAGCAACAGAUCUGUUUUUCUAUAAACUAGCAAAAUUAAGCCACCAUCCAGCAUUUUUAAUAUAUAAAAAGGUUAGAAAGUUACAAAUGCUUUCAUGUUGUGAGAUACUCCAGAAGCUGUCAAGACGCUAACCUAAAACAUCAACUCGCCAUGAAACAUGCAUGUUUCCGUUUGUCAUUUUAACUGAGAAACUGACAACUUUUGAACAGACGUGCCAGAUUCCUGAUAAUCCAUAAUAAACCCCUUCAAGAGACAGAAGUGAAGCUGAUUCUCCUGAGGUCUGGGGUGGAAGAAGCAGCAGCAACAGGAGGAGGGGGGGGGCAUCACAUGGGAACCAGUCAGGCUGCUGUCACAUGGCAUGUGUUUGCAAGUUCAGUUAAAGCGGAGGAGGGGUUUGCACAGAAGUUUGUGUAAGAGGAACAACUGCGGCAUUUUUCAUGUGGCCUUUCAACAAGUUGAAACGCUGAAGCGGAAAGCAGGGAAGUGCUGCAUUUUGACCAAAAACAAAACAGCAAAAACAACAAAAAAACUAAAGUAUGGAAAUCCCUGCGAUAAACCUAAAGGCCAUAGUGCUGGCACACUGGCUGCUCACUGUGUGGGGAAGCAUGGUUUGGCUACCCCCGUCCUAUUCAUGGGGGAACUUCAGUGUUUUAGCAGUUGGAGUGUGGGCGAUUGCACAGAGGGACUCCGUUGACGCUGUCCUGAUGUUUCUUAUGGGAAUGGCCGUCACGAUAUUGACAGACGUUAUCCAUUUUGGGAUCUUUUAUCCGCUGAUGGAGUUUGCGGGAGAGAGACGCUUCACCGCAGGCAUGGCCAUCCUCAACCUGCUGCUUAAACCCAUUUCCUGUUUCUUUGUCUACCAAAUGUACCGCGAACGAGGAGGAGAUUACAACGUCAACUUUGACUUAGAGACCUCUGUGGACAGUCGAUGCACCACAGACAGUGCAGACAGUGCCUUUUUUGGCCGCCGCUACUGACUCCUGGCCUCUUCCUUUUCUACCAUUUCUCUUUCCAAAUCAUCCCAUUCCAUACCCUUUCACCCAAGAAGUAAGAUUACUGAUCAGAUGGCUGGACACAAGAGACUCUUUUUUCCCAGAUAUUGUUUAUAUUCUUUUUUCAACUAUACUGUGCAUCUCUUUGCAAUUUAUGUACCUUUUUCUUUUGUUCCUUCUAACCUGACCACGCUGAAAUACCUAAACCUGUUUAACACAUCUUAUUUUUUAAGUUAAACAUCCAUUUUGGCACUAAGAAAUGACACAAAGUCUACAUUCUUAUCUAUAUCUAUUUUUUUUUUUUUUUUACCCAUUGCAUUUCUUUUGCUUCAUAGUAUUGCUACUGGGACUUUUUAUGUUUACCCAUACAGUCAUGUCUGCCUUCUGUAUUUUUGUAAGGGCAGUCUGGUAAAUUUUCAUCGUCAGCAGUUCCUCAUUACCAUCCCAUUCUUGCAUGCUUAAUGAUUUGUGUGCUGUAUUUUUAUGUUCAUUAUGUAUUCUUUGUUUGUGAGUUUGCAUGUCCUGUGUUUUUUUUGUAUCUGAAUUUUUAGUCUCCAGACACCUCAUUUAUCUAUGUGCGUUCUGUUUUUCAUGUUUUUUAAAGCAGUGCUCGAUGAUGUUGCACUUUCUAAAAUAGGGCAGAAUUAAAGUUGGCAUAUAGGCCUAACUGAUGUAUAAGAUUUUAUCCAUAUGGUAUUCAAGCCUCCUGUUGUUCUAUAUUAUCCCUCUGAAAUAAAAAAAAAAUACCUUGCUGUUUGAUUAGUAUUUAAACAUGCAGCUUUGUCAGCUAAGUCUUGCUUAUGUGAGAUUGUGCAGAGUUUUGAGCUUUCACAAAAAACGUCAUUGGUAUUCUGGUCGUGGUGGAUCCACUGCUUUCUGUCGCGGAGAAUCAUACAAAAUCAUGUGCCUUCCAGAAGUCAUUGUAAAGCAUGUUUAGAUCUGAUGUAAAGAACCCGUGAAGCUGUUUUCUCGCAGAAAACUGAGUGACUUUGACUGCUCAGAGACACACAGCACAAGAAAAAUAUCAAAUUUGAGGCCACAGCUUUCUGAAGUGGUUGCUUUCCUCAAAAUAGCCACUGAAAACACCUAUAUGGAAUAUAUGUGCGCCUGACUAGCAUUCCUAUGACUGCUUGGUUUCUAGUCAAGGAAAUAUCACGCUUUUUCUUGGCAAAGACUUUCCCACAAAUAAUCUGUAUUCAUCCAGAGGUAGCAAGCUGCUUAAGCCAAGCUAAUAAAUCAUCCCAACGGUGUUAAGUCUAUUUUACCUCAAAAGGGAAAGGGGGAAAAAAACACAGUAAAGUAACAACAAAUAAGCUGUAGUUUCAAGGCACAUGUUCAAAAACUAAGCAUUUUUUAAUGAGUUGUUGAAUAUUUCUUACGUUUU